GAGAGAAGCUGCUGGAGCUUUCUAAUAAGAGGACCUGCACAUUUCUCCUCCCUGUCUUCACCAGCAGUUUUCAGAACCAGAACUUCCUAACACAUAAAUGAACAGCUUUUGCAAAUGAUGGCUGCAACUUCAGCUGAUUUACCAACCAUUGGUCCACACAAGGAAGAAUUUUGGGGUAACCAAACCAACCUGACCACAAAUGCCUCAGAAAGCCACAAUGAUGCCAGCUGUUCCUUGGAUGACAACAACUCACUGUCACUUGCUUUGAUAGUUUUUUACUCCAUUAUUUUUGUCGUUGGAUUAGUUGGAAAUAUUAUAGCCCUGUUUGCUUUCCUGUGCAUUCAUCAGAAAAGGAAUUCUAUCCAAGUUUACUUGCUAAACGUCGCUGUUGCAGACCUUCUGCUGAUCUUCUGUCUCCCCUUCCGGAUACUCUAUCAUGCCACCAACCACUGGAUGUUUGGGCAGAUUUUUUGCAAGGUUGUGGGAACGCUGUUUUACAUGAACAUGUACAUUAGCAUAGUACUGUUAGGACUAAUUAGUCUGGAUCGUUAUAUAAAGAUAAAUAAGUCUGUGAAGCGUCCAAAGAUGUUGACCACUACCCGGAGUGUGCAGAUUUGUUGCACGGUGUGGGCGAUUGCACUGACAGGAUUUAUAGUCAUAGUUGCACCAUCUUUCUUUAAGAAUGAGGACAGCAACUCUACCAAGUGCUUUCAUUACCGAAGCAAACAGAAUGCAGAGAAGACAGAAGCAAUUUUAAAUUAUAUCACUGUACUGAUUUUUUGGAUAGUUUUUUUCCUUUUGAUACUUUCCUAUGUUAAAAUUGCCAAGAACCUUCUGAAAAUUUCAAGGAGAAGGGCAAAUUUUCCCAAUGCAGGAAAAUACACCAAGACAGCAAGAAACUCUUUCAUUGUUCUCAUAAUUUUCACCAUCUGUUUUGUACCUUAUCACAUGUUCAGGUUUGUCUACAUCACAUCACAGUUACAAACCCCAUCCUGUUACUGGAUGGAGAUCAUUCACACGUGCAAUGAGGUUAUGCUCAUCUUUUCAUCAUUUAACAGCUGCCUAGACCCAGUUAUGUAUUUCCUAAUGUCCAGGAGUGUCCGUAAGACUGUAUUCCAACUGAUUUGCAGAAAACUUCAUGGAGAGUCAAGCCUAAACCUGGAGAGCACCUCAGACAUAAAACUUGGCCAAUACGCUCAAGAGCGAUUAUCUACAACCACUCCUCACUCCAGCUACUCAAGGAAGAAGUCAAUGAUUUGAAUGUUUAAAUGAAUCUCUGUCCCUCCAGGUCACCAAUUUCAGAUCACAAAAUCCUCUACUCUACAGCUACUAAUUCUGCGUUUUUCCUCCUGUUAAGAAAAAUGAGAAGUCUUACUUCUGUUUGUGCAAAUGAGAACUUCUCAGAAGCAUUUUUUCACUCUUGUUUAUCCAAGAAAACAAAUUAGGAAGUUCUCAGACAUUUUGUGUUGGACUAAACUAGAACACUAACUCUUUAGGGAGAUUUCCAUGAAGGGGUUUGAACCUGUAAAAGUAAAUUUGUAUAUACACAUUAAUAUUAGUAGCUUGUGUAUGUAAAUAAUAGAUGAAUUUUACAAAAAGUAAAUUCUGUCUUAUUUGAAAAGUCCAGAUAACAUUGCAGGUUUUAUGUAUUUUAUGGUUUUCUCUGUUUUAACAGGUUCCCAAGAGAUUGGUAUUUUAACUACAUUUACAAACAAAUUUUUAAAGAAUAUAUUUGAGAAUUUAGCAACACGAGUCUUAAAAAUGAGGUGAAGAAUACAACACCUAUCAAUUCAGUUUUAAGUACAGAAGACACUCUAAGUUUUAUUAAGCAGCAAAGUUAAAGUAUUCAAUCCUACUAAGACCCUUGUAUUUCCAACAUUUUAAUGAGUGUCAAGGUCAAACACCUGAGGAAACGCAAGCACAGCUCUCAGAAAAUUUCAACUAAAUCAAGGAGAGAUGAUAUGUGGGUAUUUCCUAAGAUUUCCUUCGAAAUGACAAAUUUGAUUACUGCAGCUACACAAAGUAGCUCAGCAAGGAACAUAAACUCACAGAACCAAAAAGAUCAGCCAGGCUCAGCCACUGGUCUGCUCCUAGAUUUCCAAAGCCACUCAUUCCAGCUGCAUGCUUCUUCCCUGUCAGGAGACUUUUCUUUCCAUGUGAUUAAAACAAUUUUGAAAAUUGCUGAUGCCAUGUGAACA